CAGCGAAGUCAGCUGAAGCAAAAAACGCUUUUUGGUCGGUGCGCCGGCGCGCCCUUUGUGCCCUCGGGGGAGGUGGAGCCUCUCUUUUGGUGCCAUGGCGCAGACAUGGAGCUGUUCCCAUGCAGACUGGACGCUGCUGAAGAAAGAGAGCAGCUUGAUGCCACACAAGUUCACCCUGCAGGACAUGGACAACAAGAUCCGUACUGCGCAGUACGCGGUGCGGGGCGCUGUGCCCGCACGCGCCGGGGAGCUCCAAGCAAAGCUCAAGGCAGGAGAGAAGUUGCCUUUCGAUCGUUUAGUCUUCUGCAACAUCGGCAAUCCGCAUGCUGUUGGACAGAAGCCCAUUACUUUCUACCGCCAGGUGGCGGCGGCGGUGACGGAUCCCAGCCUUCUGACCGCAGGCAUUUAUCCGGAAGACGUGAAGAAGCGCGCGACAGAGUAUCUGGCGGCCACCAACAACGCUGGCUCUGGUGCCUACACCGACUCCUCGGGACUUUUGCUGGUCCGACAACAGGUGGCCGAGUUCCUCUUGCGACGCGAUGGCUUUCCGUCUGAGCCGAAGGACAUUUACCUCACCACUGGGGCCUCGGAGGGGGUGAAGCGUGCGAUCAGCGCCCUCAUCAAGGAUGAGCGUUGUGGGAUGCUAAUCCCACGGCCACAAUACCCCCUCUACAGUGCGGCGCUGACCAUGGUGGGCGGCCGCAUCGUUUACUACGACAUGUUCGAAGAGAAGGGUUGGAAGACCACCUACGAGGAGCUGAACCAAGCGGCCAACGACGCCUUCACCGAUGGGAUCAAGCUGCGGGCCAUGACUGUGAUCAAUCCAGGCAAUCCGGUGGGUGCCGUGCUGGACCGCGAAGACGUGGUGAUGCUGAUUAACUUUGCCACCGAGCAGAAGCUUGUGAUCUUGGCAGAUGAGGUCUACCAAGAGAACGUUUACAGAGAGGGGAAGCAGUUCCAUUCCUUCAAGAAGGUUCUUCGAGAGCUUCAGAAGGACGACCCCGUGGCAUACAAGCAGCUUCGAAAAAACCGACGGGUUGACGAACUGCGGCCAGCGGCCAGCAGCCAGGAUACUCAGCUCAUCAGCUUCCAUUCCACUUCGAAGGGGAUCAUCGGUGAGUGUGGCCAAAGAGGUGGCUACAUGGAAUACGUAGGCUUCUCGGACCAGGUGCUCACACAGUUCACGAAGAUGGCUGCCACCAGCCUUUCCUCCAACACCUUGGGGCAGAUCUUUGUCGGGCUCAUGGUGAACCCACCCAAGCCAGGAGAUCCCUCCCAUGAGCUCUUCGAGAAGGAGACCUCCGCGAUAUUCCAAGGCCUCACGAGGCGUGCCUUGCGCAUGACGGAGGCGCUGAACAAGGUCCCCGGCAUCAGCAGCCAGCCCAUUGAUGGAGCCAUGUAUGCCUUUCCUUCAGUGCAGCUGCCCAAGAAAGCGAUUGAGGAGGCCAAGCAGAAGGAGCAAGAGCCAGACGGCUUGUGGUGUCUGCAGCUCUUGGAGAAAACGGGCAUUGUAACGGUGCCAGGCAGUGGCUUUGGGCAGAAGGAGGGCAGCUUCCACUUCCGAACUACUAUUUUGCCUCCGGAUGAGCUACUCGAGGAGGUGAUCACGAAGCUCACCACCUUCCAGGAGGACUUCAUGAAGACCUACGGCGGUGGAGGGUACUGAAGGACGCUGGAGUCCACUGAAGCUGAGACGAGGGUCCCAUGCAAGUCCUGAUUUCCUCACCCUUAGGGCCUUAGGAACCGUAGUCCUGGGUGUUGAAAAGCACUUUGAAUAGUUGUUGCAGAGAGAAAGAGAGAGAGAGAGAGAGAGAAAAGCCCUGUUUGCAGCUCUUGUUGAGACUCCUGAACUCCUGCAGAAGUGAGUUGGCCGCGAUGUGUCUGGACAUUGCCUGUUCCGAAAGCUGAGUGACAAGAGGGGAGGCCUUUGGAUGUUCGUGCCAGACUCGUCAAAGCAUUACCUGAGUGCCUCACCCUCUUGCAGCCCUUGCGGCCAUCUAUUUUUGAUCGCUUUGUUCCAACAUCAUAAGCUAUAGGUCAUGAGGCUUCGCCCGGACUUCGACAUGCGGGUCAGGGUUCCACAUCACCUUUUUGUUGCUGUUUGUGAAGUCCGGUCUUCAUGCGUUUAAGCGGGUGAUUCCAAGUGCAUGGGGGACCUCCAAUUUAUC